AUGUCGCAAGAUCUGGGCUCUGAGCGCCUGUGCCGCGCACUGCGCGCCGUGUUGUCGCUGGCGACGCACCGCGGCCGCAUCGCCAACGUGCGGGCGGAGCAGGCGCUCGAGGUGCUGCUGCAUGCUUCCAACGGCGCGCCACAGGCGCUGCUGCCUGAGGAUCUGAUGCUGGAGCUUUCAAACGCGGUGGCUGAGCAGGCGGCGUCCGACAACCGCGCGCGCGUCGACCUGGUGCUGCGGACGCUGCUGCUCGUGAUGUCAAGCAGCGAUGGCAAGUUCGUGCGGCAGCAGCAGGUCAAGGUGGUUCCCGGCCUCGCUGCGAGCCUUGCACGGCACGUGAUCAGGUGGGCGGACGACCCCGACGUGGUUUGGUACGCCCUGUGCAACCUCAACCUGGUCUGCCAGCCAGACGCGAGCGCGGCGGUGGAGGAGGUCCUGGCCGCCCCAGGCGACCUGGUCGGCGUCCUGCUGUCGCUGGCGGCCCGGCUGCGCAAUGACAAGGCGGCGGCUUCCGAGCUGUAG